CGGCACUCGGCCUUCUGGGAAAUGUAGUUCAAGAACUAUCCUUGAGCUUCAUGGGAAAUGAAGUCAUUGUACGUCUCCUGCACCCAAACUAUUUGAGGAAGGAAGGAAGGAAGCCUCCCUGUGACCUGUUCAGCACCUUUCCAUUACCUUGGCACGAGGUUAAUGAAUGGAAUGUGAACUGAAGGGGUUGGACCAUGUUGGGGUGCCCUACGGGGCCGAGGCUCGGGCUCUGCGCGGGCCGGGACGCGAGGGGUUAAGCGCUGGGGGCGGGCUGUUUUGGCCCUAGUCACCCGCCGUCGCCCUGCCCCCGCCUGGCUCCUGCAGGGCGGUACCUCCCCAGGCCGCCGGCUCAACGAGAAGGGGCGGGCCCAAGCGAGAGCCAGGCCAAUCGGGUCACGGCUGGGGGGCGCGCUAGCCAAUGAGAGAGGGGAGCGGGGUCCCGGACCAGGUAGGCACAGCGACGGGGAGGGGAGCCAGAGACCAUGGGGCUCCUGACCAUCCUGAAGAAGAUGAAGCAGAAGGAGCGGGAGCUGCGGCUCCUCAUGCUCGGACUGGACAAUGCAGGCAAGACCACCAUCCUGAAGAAGUUCAAUGGGGAGGACAUCGACACCAUCUCGCCCACCCUGGGCUUCAACAUCAAGACCUUGGAGCACCGAGGGUUCAAGCUGAAUAUCUGGGAUGUGGGUGGCCAGAAGUCCCUGCGCUCUUACUGGCGGAACUACUUUGAGAGCACAGACGGCCUCAUCUGGGUGGUGGACAGUGCUGACCAACAGCGCAUGCAGGACUGCCGUCGGGAGCUGGAGAGCCUCCUUGUGGAGGAGCGCCUAGCAGGAGCCACUCUGCUGAUCUUUGCCAACAAGCAGGACCUCCCCGGGGCUCUGUCCUCAAAUGCCAUUCGAGAGAUCCUGGAGUUAGAUGCCAUCCGAAGUCACCACUGGUGCAUUCAGGGCUGCAGUGCUGUGACAGGAGAAAACCUGCUUCUGGGGGUUGACUGGCUGCUGGACGACAUCUCCAGUCGCAUCUUCACUUCAGAAUGAUCCCUCUCCCCCCCCUGCCCACUCCUGGACUGACCCCUUGACCCCUCAGCACAUCCCAAAGGUCCGGAUCCUCCCUGGUCUAGGUCUCCCCUUCCCCACUGCCCACAGGGAGCCAUGAAUGGAGGGGACCCCAGCUAACCCCUCCUUCCCCACAUCAUGACCAGAUGCUGCUCUGUGGAGAUGCCUUCCUUCCUGGGGAGGAGGGAGUCCUCAUUCCCUAACCUUGGCCCUCCUUUGGCACUUUAUCUGGGAAGGAAGAGGGGGAGAGGGUUGUGGACUCUUGGAGGAGUAGGAAUGGCCCCUGCUGGCACUGAGUCUGGAGUCUUUUCCUCUAUUCAACUGUCACAAUAAAAGCCCUCUGCCCCUGA